AUGGAGUAUAUUUUAAGUAAUAAAAAUGAAAAUAUACUGAAUUAUCAAAAUGAAAUUUUAAAGAAAAGAAAAUUAACUGAUGAAAAUUUUUUUUAUAAUAUUAAUGAAGAUAUUAAUAAUGAUUUAGUUAAGAAUGAAAAUGAAUUACUUAACAAUGAUCGAAAUAAUAUUAACAAUAAAUCAGAAUUAAGCGAGUGCUUAGAAAAGAAUAUGUUUACACCGAAUCAUAAUGAAAUUAUAAAUAAUGGUUUCAUUAGAAAAAUAAAUAAAAUAUGUGAUGAGUUAAAAGAAAAAGAGAUAAUAUUAAAUUAUUCAAAAUCAAAUAAUCAACUAAAUUUACAUAAUAACAAAUUGUAUGAAAAUAAUUUUAAAAAAAAUGUGAUAAAUAAUAAUAUUUUAAUAAAUCAAAAUUUAGAUAAUUUAAAUAAUAAAUUACAAAAAGAAAUAAAUGAAGAUAUACAUAAUUCUCAAUUGAAUUUAAAUAGUAGGAGUGAAGACAAAAAAAUUACAAACAUAUCUUUAGAUAAUAAUAAACUUCAAAACACUAAUUUAAAUAAUUAUCAUAUAGAUAAUCAAAAUGAGAAAACAUUUGUAAAUAUUAAUUUAAAUAAUACCAUUUUAUUUAAGAAUGACAAACAAAAUAAUAAUUGCAUAAAUGGAAACCAGUUAAAUAAUACUUUAUCUGGUAACGGCAACCUUGAUUUUAAUAAUUUUAAUUCUAAUAAGAACAGUUUUUAUAGUACUAAUGUAAAUAUAAAUUUAAAUGAGAAAUUAAAUAAUAGUAAACAAAAUAAUAGUUAUUUAUAUACAAUAAAUCAAAUAAAAAUGGAAAAUAAUUCGAAUUUUAUUAGAUUUAAUUCAAACCAAGAUAUAAAUACAAAUAAUAAUCUUUUAAAUGAUUAUUCAAAUAAUCGUACUAAAGAAGAUAUGAUUAAUUCAAAUUUAAUAAAAUCUUCAAAGAAUGUAAAUAUCAAUUUUCAAGAUGAUGACCAAAAAAAGUUAUCCGUUAAUCUUAAAAGAAAAGCUAAUAAUAUCACAAAUAAGAAUAACACUAUUAAUGAUUUUUCAUAUAACAGAGAAACUAAUUUUUUGAAUAGUUAUGAUAUAAGGAAUCAUAAGAUGAAUACUGAUAUACUUUUAACUAAUAAUUAUGAUGAUGAUAAUAAUAAUAAUAAUAAUAACAAUAAUAAUAACAAUAAUGAUAAUAAUGAUAAUAAUAAUAAUAAUAAUGAUAAUAAUAAUGAUAAUGAUAAUAAUAAUAAUAAUAAUAAUAAUAAUAAUAAUAAUAAUAAUAAUAAUAAUAAUAAUAAUAAUAAUAAUAAUAAUAAUAAUGAUAAUAAUAAUAAUGAAAAUAAUAAUGAAAAUAACGAUGAUAAUAAAGAUAAUAAUGAUAAUAAUAAUAAUGAAAAUAAUGAUAAUAGUAAUGAAAAUAAUGAUGAUAAUAAUGAUAAUGAAAAUAAUGAAAAUAAUAAUAAUAAUGAAAAUAAUGAUGAUAAUAAUGAUAAUAAUAAUAAUGAAAAUAAUGAUGAUAUUAAUAAUAAUAAUAAUGAAAAUAAUGAUGAUAUUAAUAAUAAUAAUAAUGAAAAUAAUGAUGAUAUUAAUAAUAAUAAUAAUAAUGAAAAUAAUGAUGAUAAUAAUGAAAAUAAUGAUGAUAAUAAUGAUAAUAAUGAUAAUAAUUAUAAUAAUGGUAAUUAUGAUAAUGAUAAUAAUGAAAAUAAUGAUGAUAUUAAUAAUAAUAAUAAUAAUGAAAAUAACGAUGAUAAUAAAGAUAAUAAUGAUAAUAAUAAUGAAAAUAAUGAUAAUAGUAAUGAAAAUAAUGAUGAUAAUAAUGAUAAUGAAAAUAAUGAAAAUAAUAAUAAUAAUAAUAAUGAUGGUAAUAUUAUUUUUAUAAAUAGUAAUAGUGAUAAAGAUAAUAUAAAUGAUAAUACUAUAAAUAGCAAUAGUGUUAAAGAUAAUAUAAAUGAUAAUACUAUAAAUAGCAAUAGUGUUAAAGAUAAUAUAAAUGAUAAUACUAUAAAUAGCAAUAGUGUUAAAGAUAAUAUAAAUGAUAAUACUAUAAAUAGCAAUAGUGUUAAAGAUAAUAUAAAUAAUAAUAUUAUUAUUAAUAGUAAUGGUGGUGAUAUUUGUAAAGAUGAUGAUAAUAAUUAUAAGAAUAAUUUUUUUUCUGCUGAUAAUGAAAAUAAUAACAGUGAAAAAGAUAAUAAAUACAUUGAUAAAAAUAAUAAUAAUAGCAAUUAUGUUAUAAAUAGUAAUGAUAAUAGUAGUAGUAGUAGUAGUAUUAUAAAUAUAAACUUCAGUAAUAAUAUUAGUAUUAAUAAUAAUGCAAAAAUAGAUAAUAAUAAACAAAUUAAUAAUAGGAUGAAUAAUUUUAUAUGUAAAAAUAUUAACGACAAUAUAACAGUUAGUAAUAAUGAUAAUAUUAAAAAUGUUAGUAACAUUAAUGAGAAUAAAAAUAGCAACAUCAUUAUUAAUGCUAUAAACAGUAUUAAUAAUAAUAAUAACAUAAUUCGUAAUAAUAUUAUUAGUAAUGAUAAUGAUAAUAUUGAACAAAAUGUAUUAUUAAAUGAUAAAAAAAAAAUGUUAAUGAAUAAUAAAAUUGAAAAUAUUACAGAAAAUUUAAAUAAUCAGAAUAAAUUGAUAAAUCAAAAUGUAAAUAGCGUUAAUAUGAGUAAUAUGAAAUUAAAUUUAGAAAAUAAUAAAAAUAUAAUUUCACAAACAAGUAAAAAUAUAAACACAAACAAUUUUAAUAACAUUGUGAAUAAUAAUAUACAGCUUUCAAAAAAUAAUAAUUUAAUGUCCAGUAAGCAGGUUAUGCACGUGAGUACAAGCAACACAUCUUUAAAUAAAGGAAACAAAGUAAAUAAACUAAAUGAAAUAAAUAGAAUUAACAAUAUUAAUUUUAAUGAUGAAAAAUCGCAUUUAAUAAAUGAUGCAGGUAAAGCAAAAGUAAUUAAAUACAAAAAUAUAGAAAAUCAAGAAAAUUUAAUAAAUUUGAAGGAAAAGACAGAAGAAUUAAAGUUAGACGAUAAGAGGAAAGAUGUAGGAAAAAUGGAUGGACUAGAUACAACUUUAAAAAACGAUGAUAAUAACCUUAAUAACAGUAUAAAUAAUGUUAAUAAUGUAAGCAUGUGUAAUAUAAGUAAUUUAAACAAUAUGAAUGCAAUAAACAGUACAAAUCGUGUGAAUAAUAUGAAUUUAAUUAAGAAUAUGAAUAAUUUUAAUUCUAUGAAUAUUCCAUUAAAUAACAUAAAUUCAUAUAAUUUUAAUAUGACAACAUAUAAUAAUAACAUGGUUAAUUCAUUUAACAAUACUAAUAAUAAUUUUAUACAAGCUAAUCAAAUAAAUCCAAUAUCAAAUAAUCUUAUGAAUGAAUUACAAAAUAACAAUAAUUCAGGGAAUACAAAUUUUAUAAACAAUGCAAACAAGCUUCCAAAUAUUCCUCCUUUAGGAUUAAAAAACAAUAAAAAUAUGUUUUUAAAGAAUUCUAACACAAAUGAAUUUGAAAAUUUAAAAAAAGUGUAUUCUAAUUACUCUAAUAAUAGGAAUUCAAAUAAUAAAAUAAAUUCAAAUGAAAAUAACAAAAGUAUUAUAAAAAAUAUGCGUCUUGAAAAUUUAAAUUUUAGCGAAAGUAUUAAUUUAAAAAAUGUUGAUGAUUUAGAUUUGAGUGUUAAUUUUCUCAAUGGUAAAUAUAUUUCUAAAUUAAACAGUGAUGAAAAAAUUUACAAUAUAGUUCAUUAUAUUGUAAAAAACUCAUUAGUAGACUACCUUUUUGAUUUUUAUAAUAAUGAAAGCUUAAUUUAUAAGGACAAAGGGGAUACACUAGAAGUUAAUAGUAAUCAGAGUUUAAAGUAUUCAAACGAUUUAAAAGAUGAAAAAUGUGAAAAAAAAGAAAAUAAUCAAGAGAAACAAGAAAGGAAAAUAAAUGAAAAAGAGGAAAAUGAAAUUGAAGAAUUAAAAAAAGAGAAUAAAGAAAAAGUAAAAAAUGAAGAAGAUGAAGUAAUAAAAAAAAUAAUUGAUGUAAAUGAAAAUAAAAGCAAUGAACUGAUAGAAAAUAAGGAUAGAAAAACAUUAAGAGAAAAUAACAAUGAUAUAAAAAAAAACACUGAUUUAAAUGAAUCAAAAAAUAAUGAUAAUAUUGAUAAAAAUACUAAUGAGAACAAUUUUUCAAAUAUUGUUAAUAGCAAAAAAUAUAUACAGUUAGAGAAAUCUCUUUGUACAGAUAAUAAUAAUAAUAAUAAUAAUAUAUUAAAUGAAUUAGGUAAAGAUACUAUUACCAUUAAAAGCGAAAAUAUAGAUAAAGAUAGAUCAUAUGCCAUAGAAAAAGAUGAGAAUGAAAGAUAUAAAGAUGAGAAAAUAAAUGAAGAAAUAAAAAAUUUAACUUUCGAUAAAAAUCAAAUUGAUAAUAUCACAAAAAAGAAAGAAGAUGAAGUUAAGGAGACAAAUAUAUUUUUAAAUGAAGAUAUUGAUAAAGAUAGCAAAAAAGAUUUGGCAAGUUAUAAUUUAGAAGAUAGUACUUCUGAAAAUAAUAAAUCAAUAUUAAUAGAAAUAACAAAAAGUAUAUGCUCUAUAAUAAAUUUACAACAACUUCCACCAGUAAAUUCUAGAUUAACAAACCCUAAUUUGAUUUAUGAUCCUAAUUAUGAAAAUAUAUAUUCAAAAUGGAAAACAUUUUUAAAAAAACAACAAUCAAGCGGAAAUUUAAUAAGUAAAUGCUUUUCAAGAGAUUUUUUAUACACAGUUUUAUUGUGUAAUUAUGCAAGUAUAAUUGAAGAUUUGAGAAAAACAGCUGUAAAAAAAAAAAUUAAAUAUUUUUUUUUACAUUUAUGUUUAGAAGCGGGAAUUUCUAUCAAUGUCGCAUUAAUGCUAUUUAUUAAUGCAACUAAACAAAAUAAUAAACUACAAUCUUUAUUACCAUCGGAAACGGGAUUAGGGUAUCUACAUAGAGAUGCUGGAGGAGCAAAGGAAGAAAACAUGGGAAUAAUAACAUUUGAAUGUAUAACGAAUGAUAGAGAACCAGAUCAUUUAAUAAAAUUAAUAACACUAAAAAAUAUUUUCUCUAGACAAUUACCUAAAAUGCCUAGGGAGUAUAUAGUUAGACUUGUAUUUGACAGAAAUCACUAUACUUUUUGCUUACUUAAAAAAAAUACAGUAAUUGGAGGAGUAUGCUUUAGGCCAUAUUUUGAGCAAAAAUUUGCAGAAAUAGCAUUUUUGGCAGUUACUUCAACUGAACAAGUAAAAGGAUAUGGUACAAGACUAAUGAAUCAUCUAAAAGAGCAUGUUAAAAAAUUUGGCAUAGAAUAUUUUUUAACUUAUGCAGAUAACUUUGCUAUAGGUUAUUUCCGAAAACAAGGAUUUUCUCAAAAAAUUUCAAUGCCAAAAGAAAGAUGGUUUGGAUAUAUAAAAGAUUACGAUGGUGGUACUUUAAUGGAGUGUUACAUAUUCCCAAAUAUAAAUUAUUUAAGACUUUCUGAAAUGUUAUAUGAACAAAAAAAAACUGUAAAAAAAGCAAUUCAUUUUAUAAAACCACAAGUGAUGUUUAAGGGGUUAAGCUUUUUUUCUGAAAAUAAAGGAACAUAUUUGCAUCCAAGUAAUAUUCCAGGAUUAUUAGAAGUUGGAUGGAAAAAGGAAAGUAAAGAAAUAUCGAAAAAAACUCACAAUAAAGAAAUUCAAUUAAAAGAUCAAAUUUUAAAUGUUCUUGAUUUUUUGGAAAAACAACAAUCUGCUUGGCCAUUUCUCAAACCUGUUAGCCUUUCUGAAGCACCUGAUUAUUAUGACAUUAUAAAGGAACCAACUGAUAUUUUUACUAUGAGAAGAAAAGCUAGACAUGGGGAAUAUAAAACAAAAGAGGAUUUUGGUAUUGAACUUAAAAGAAUGUUUGAUAAUUGCCGCUUGUACAAUGCUCCAACUACUAUUUACUUUAAAUAUGCAAAUGAAUUGCAAGCUCUUAUAUGGCCAAAAUAUGAAAGUAUAAAUGAUAAUGCAAAAUAA